GUUCCGGUUGCAAAUUCAAUAUGGAUUCCAUGAGAGAGUUUGCUAAUCUGGAGUACAGGGGAGAAGGAAACUGUGCUAUUGUUUUAGCCAGUAAAAAGACAAAACAAGUUUACCGCUUGGUCAAGUGUAAAGCUACACAAAAGAUCAAGAAAAAGUUGGAAAGAAACAGUGAUUGUGGUCUUUCAAACUCAGAUGCAAAGAGUAUCCAGAGUGCCAUCAGAGCUGAGCUGGACGAUGUGAUCAGCUACAUGAACAAUGUGAUAAAGCCUCUCAUGUCGGAGCAGUAUGUCGUUACUCCACCCACAGACGCAAGUCGCAGUGUGAUAUUGUCGACCCUGACGUACGGUCGGCCCUUGUUCUGCCAGAUUUCUGCUUUGUCUAUCACCCAAAGACACAGACAUCGACGACGGAACCUAUUCUGGAACAGUUUUCUGACUUGAGUCAUCGUGGUAUACAGUCAGGCCACGUCUGCCUUACCAUCACGGACCGUUCUGCUUCGGAACACGGUUCUUGCUGUUCAAGCGAAAGUGAUUCCUUUGGAAGUAGCCAUACUGAUCUUUCUUGUUCUAGCCAGAGAAAGGAUAGCUUGGAGGAGGAAGAUGACGACGCAGGAGAUGAAGUGGACGGUGAUUUAUGUGUCAGAAACCAGGAUGGUCACUUCAAUGACGUGUCAGAUUCGCAGCAGUGUGUUCAUAAGGCUCACAAUGGUGGUGGCGGAUAUGUGCAGCCUUAUAUAUGUAACAAGGCUUCUCCGUUUUCUCCGAAUGGAUAUCGCAAAGGUGUGGGAACAGACUGCUGUGUCAUGCAGGAUCGGAGAGUUGGCGGUGAGGGUUUCAUCAGUGAUUUCUUGCGGUCUCCUUCCAUGCCCUCUCAAAAUGACCAGGGAGUAAAUGAUUCCCAGUUCACCAUCAGUAUUGAAAUUAAGCCCAAAAAAGGUUUCAUACUGCGGCAUCCUCACGGCGAGUCCAGCGGGGGGAUGGAACAAGUGUGUCGCUUUUGCAUGCAUCAGAUUCUUAAG